AUGCCACGACGUCGCGGUGAAUAUACACUUACUAAAUCAACAUCAUUUAAUAUUUUUCCCACUGCUAAUUCAUCAUCUGAUAAAUUAUUUUAUUCGGCUAAAAAAACCGCUAAUCAUGGCAAAUAUAUGGCUAAAAUAUGCCUAAAUAUGACAAUUGCGCCUAAUGAUACAUAUGAUGACAAAUAUGAUUCAUUAUCUAUUAAUAAAUCAUGUCAACAACAACAACAACAACAACAACAACAACAACAACAACAACAACAAAAGGAAAAAAUCAAAAAUGGCAAUAAUCGUCAAGAAUUAUUUCAAUCUUUUUCUCAAGAUUUUUCCACUAAUCAUACCGUAUCACAUGAAAAUCAUUUAUAUAAUCGGAAUAGAUAUCAAUUACGUACAACUAGUCAUGAUUCAUUAUUUCGAAAUUCAUUAAAAUAUUCGAUUGAAAAAACAAAAUUGCAACAUACUACAAGUCAAAAAUAUGAUGAAAAAUGUAAAGAAGAAAAAUCCGGCAAGGAAGUUUCAUUGAUGAAUGUGCUACCGGAUAUGUUAAUGGAACGAAAAAAUGAUUUAUCCGGAAAAAAUUCCUGGCGAAAAAUACGAAAA